AUGGUCUUGUCACAGCAAACGGUCCAAGUAUUCAAGUUCACUCUAAUCUUUGUUGCUAUAAUUGGUUUUGGUUGGUAUCUUUUCUCGGAUCAUGAUUAUCAUGAGACACUUCAAGUCGCAGUCUCAGGGAAAAAGGGGGUCUUCAUUCAGAAAGCUCUUCGCACCGACAUCGAUGGACCUUUCGAUGAUUCAACUCUAACUGAAGUUUGUGAAAACAUAGAGUGGAGAGAAGGAUUGAUAUUUCAAUGUGAAGCACCAUACGGAGGAGUCGCGAACAUUCGAAAUGUAUUGCUGAACUGUUUUCGAUAUGCCCUUGAAGCUGGAGCAACAUCAAUUGUCAUCCCAGAACUCAAACUUUGGAUACCUCAGAACGAUAGACCAAAUACACCGAAUCCUGAGCCCAAUGCGGAAUUGCAAAGCAGGAAGGAGAAAGACAGUACUACGCAUGUUCCAUUCUCGCAUCUCUUCGACUUUGAAUUCUUUAAAGAAUCUUUGGGUGGGGCUUGUCCACGUAUAAAAUUUAUCCCACACGUCAAUGACUUGUAUACGGUCCCCAGUACUCAAAACCAACACGCGCUUGACCCGAGCUCACUAUCCUCGGAAAAUCUAGAUGAACCCUUCGAAUCACUUCUCGCCCAUCCCGCCGAGUGGGCCAGCGAUUUCACAGUUUGGCUCAACGAGACUAAAACCGAGUUCUCCGAAAAGAAACCUAUGCGUGUGACAAUCAAGGAAUCACUUUUACAUUGGCCAUUGAAUCACGAUAAUUCCGACUUCGUUUCCCAAUUCGGAAGAACAAUCCGUCCCAAUCUCGAAAUUCGCACUCUCGCCUCCACAAUUCUCUACACGUUAUCCCGAAAAUACAAUCUCAGAUACAGCGCCAAUGAAGGAAUCCAAAAAGACAUGUACUACGGCGCACAUCUCCGAACAGGUGAAGACGCCAAAGCAGCCAACUGGACCAGCUUCGAAAAGCAAACCCAAAACUAUCUUCAAGCAUGCAAGCACAACAAACUUCGAGUCAUCUAUCUCGUAUGCACAUCCGAAUACGAUAUCCAACACUUCACCGCUCUCGCCCAUCACUACACUACAUACGAUAUCCACGUGGCCACCGCCCCGGCCCUCCUCACCCUCUACCAAAAGGACCUCACAACCUACAACUCACUCUCCUUACCCCAACGCUCCCUCGUAAACUCCGAAGUGCUCCUCAAAUCCUCAAUCUUCGGCGGCACAACCGAAUCGUCGUAUUCGUGGAAUGUGGCAUUGCGCAGACAUGUGGUGUGGGGAAAUGGAACGUGGAUCCCGCAAGAGGAGGAUUUUACUUUUGAUCGGGGUGAGUCGAUAGGGGAUCGGAAUGCGAAGAAUGCGGGGAUGGAAGGGGGUCCGGUGGGUGGGUAUGGAGGGGGCGGUUUUCAGAGUUUUAGGGAUGGUGCGGCGGGGGUCGGGAAGGAGGGGAAGGGCGUCAUUCUGGUGGGUAAGUAUGGGUUGAGUGUGGUUUUUGGGGAUGUGGAGAGGGGGCAGGAGUGGGAGAGGGGGUUGUGGCCUUGA